AUGUUCAGUCUUGAUCCCAUGGAUGUUUAUGAACUCGCGAAUCAUGACCGCUUUGUGGUUCGAAGAUCCUUGUAUCUAACCAAGGACGAGUUUGAUGAUUGCUAUGAUCCUUUGGACCCAAAUGGAAACUUUACGAUUAUUUUCGACACUUAUGAUUGGACAGAUGACGGCUAUUUGGCAAAAGUAACCAUCCAAAAUUUAUUUCAGUAUCGUCACGUGGACAAGCCUGGUUGGCAGAUGGGGUGGAUAUGGCAGCAGAAUGAAGUCAUUUGGUCAAUGAAUGGUGCCUUUGCCACAGAACAAGGAAACUGCUCAAACUACAAGACUGAUAUACCACACUCCUGCAAGAAAGAUCCUGAAAUACUUGAUCUCAUGCCUGAUGCUUCCUCAGAUAACAAAUCCGAAGACUGCUGCCGCAGUGGUGUUCUUGAUGCCCUGGCUAUCAAUCCCUCCAAGUCUUUCUCUUCUUUUGGAAUUAAAGUUGGCAACUUGGGAGGAGGUCCUUUUUCAGGACUUCCACCUCUGAAUCUUACUCUGAAUGCACCAGGUCCUGGUUACACUUGUGGGCCACUUAAGAGUGUUGAUCCCACAGUUUCUUUAGAUUUUGGGGGUAGAAGACAUCGCCAAGUUUUCAGAACAUGGAAAGCAAUAUGCACUUAUUCCAGUUUUUUAGCUAGUGGGACUCCAGUCUGUUGUGUUUCACUCUCUUCAUUUUACAAUCCUGAGAUCACAUCAUGCCCCAAGUGUAGCUGUGGAUGUAGAGAAGUAACAGACAAAAACUUCGGUACAUGUCUAAGGCCAGCUUACCCCUUCCCAGCAAUGUCACUAACAGGGGAUAAUUCAGGAGCUAAUUUUAUGGGUGCUCUAGACCCGGUGAAAUGCACAGAUCAUAUGUGCCCUAUUCGAGUUCAUUGGCAUGUCAAGACCAGCUAUGUGGAUCACUGGAGAAUUAAACUUACAAUCACUAACUACAACUAUCAGAGGAACUUCUCAAACUGGAAUGUACUGGUCCAGCACCCUGGUCUCUCCAUGAAUCCAAUAACAUAUAGUUUCAACAGCACAUUGCUUCAGCCUGGCUUUAGAGACGCAGUUGCCCUCUUCUGGGGUAUAGCCUUUGUUAAUGAAGAGCUGAUUGCUACUGAUGAGGAUGGAGUGGGUUCAGUGUCAACAGAGAUACUUUUGGAAAAAGACUCAGAAUCAUUCACAUUCAAAAAUGGAUGGGCUUUUCCAAGAAGGGUAUAUUUCAAUGGAGAAAACUGUGAGAUGUCCUUACCAGACACUUUCCCAAUGUUACCAAAUGGCACCUCCAAAACACAACCACCAACACAUUGGCUCUUCCUUCUUCUCAUCUUUUUUAUUUCCCAAACCCUACUUUUACAUGCCCUUUGA